AUGGGUAUACCCUCAGUGGGUGAUACCCUGGGUGGGUUUGGCCUCAUACCCACCAAAAAACCCACACCCACGACGUGGGUGUGGGUAUAUCGCGGGGUACGGGUGGGGGUUGCGCCACUCGUACCCUGGGGUUCACCCGUGCUAUUCCCUACUGGUGUCGGUCAUGGACCUUGGAGGGUCGAGCAGGAUGAGAUAGUUAGCAGGGAAGAUGAGGAGAACAAAGUGAGAGAGGAUGGUGGUGAUGCGGGUGAGGAGAGUAAUGACGAGGAGGAGACUGAUGAGGAGGAGGAGACUGACGAGGGGGAGGAGACUGAUGAGGGGGAGGAGACUGAUGAGGGGGAGGAGACUGAAAAGGAGGAGGAGACUGAUGAGGAGGAGGAUAGCGAGGAGGAUAGCGAGGAGGAGGAGGAUCAUAUGGAGGGUCUUACUGACAAGGAUACUGAUGAGAAUGUGAAUUUUUGA